UAUGCAGUUAAACGUAAAAACCAGAACAAAGUCGUUACAAUUUCGGGACAAGACUGUCUACCUCUGCCUAAACUGCAAAGUUUUCGGUAGCACUCUUCUGGACUCGCUUCAUGAAAACGAAACCUUGGCUCAGCAAUUCGAAAGAGUCAUCAGGGAUUUUGAUGAGGCGCAGAUCUGCCCAGGAGUGACCGAAGAAAAGUUUAGGAAGAUCAAGUUUUGUGCAGGCGCUUUCUUACAAGAAGAAGUCUGGCGAUCGGUGGACUGCAAAUUAGUGUAUAAUGGGACGGACCAGGAAUGCUGUGCAGACUGUUAUACCAUUAAGCGAGCACUUGGCAGAUUAAUGAGUAAAUCAUUAUCGACAAUGUCAGAUGAAGAUAAGCUGCAAAAACUAAAGAACGACUACAGGCUGGCUAUGAAAAGAUUGACCGAAAAAGUGAGAAGAUCCAGAAAAUGGAAAAGGAGAUCGCUUCAAUGGAGGCCCAAGAACACAUGUUUAAACUGGAAAAAUCGAUAAUGACUAGCGAGUUAAAGAUGAAGCAAGCAAUAAUUGAUUCUCAGGCGUUAGAGAUGCUGAAGCUCCGUCAGGAAUUCGCGCAGAAAGCAAGUGAUGUGCAACAAAACGAUAGCACGCUUAAAGCGAUCCUUAAUGGACUUAAUUCAAAGGUAUUCGAGUAGGAAGCUGUUAAAAUGGUUUCAGUGUUCAAGCUCAAAAAUCGUAAGAGUCAGAUCUUACUUUCAAGAAAGUGUUUUUUAUGGAAUCAUGUUUCGAUGUGACUAUUAAUAACUUAAGAAAAGUGCCAGUAUGAGGGUACCUUUUCAUGACCUACUCGUAUACCUUGCAUGAUCUUCUUUAUACCUUUCACGACCACAUAUGGUCAUGAUAUAUGUAGAUAUUUCUACAUAUAUCGUGAUAUAUGUAGAUAUUUCUACAUAUAUCAAUGAUGAUCUGAUCUGAUGAUCUGAUCAAAAUCAAUACACCUUUUUGGGCUACUUU